UGCGUUUUUUUCACUCCCAUUGAUGUUUUUUGGUUGUUUGUGUCCGGCUCCGGUUGUUAAUUUGUUUCUUUACUUUAACUAUUAUCAACAUGAAGAAAUCAAAGAAACACAAGAAAAAGCAUACUAAAACAGAUUUACCGGAGUCUUCUAGAAGACCGGAACCGAACAGCAACGACUUGACCACUUUAGUUCAUGACCGGGUGGAAUUGCUGCAUCAGGCAUUUUCUGCAUUAAAAUCAAGAGAGAUACUGGAAAUGGCACCUAGGUCCAUUAGAAACUUAUCACUGGAGCACAUGCAAGAGCUUUGCCUUGAAGAGCUGUUGGGUGUAAGCUCCAAGAGGCUUUGUGCCACUCUGAAUGGUGAGCCUCCACCUUCUGAUACAGAAUCCUCAGAUGACUCAGGCAGCCUCAAGUUUGAUGCUGUCUCACUUGAAAAUAUUUCUUCAGAUGAAGCUGGUUUAAGUGCAGACUCUAGUGGUGAAAAACAGAAAAAGCAUAAACACUGCAAAAGACGGCAGGGUAAGCAAAAAAGUAAAGAAAAAGGCAAAUCAAAGGAUAAAGACAAAUCUGAAGACCAUUCUAAAGCAGAACGAUCUGGACUCACUGUACUAGAGCUAUUGGAACUUCAGGCUCGAGCGAGGGCAAUCCGAGCCCAACUAGAAGCAGAAAAACUAAUGAAAGGUAACACAGAUGCAUCUUCUAUAAAGGAACCAACUGCAGUUGCCGAUGAUGGUGAUGAAGAUGAUGUGCUGAUCAAGGAAGAACCACCAGAAGUGGUAGAGCUCAGCUCUGAUGAAGAAGCUUCUGAAGCAGUUGAAGCAAAGCAAGAGCCAAAAGACAAAGUGCCGGAUCAAGAAGCAUCUACGACAAGUCAACAUACCAUAACUAAACGUAAUGACCUCACAAUUAUAGUACCGAAGACACAAACAACAAAGAAGAUCAAAUUGAACAGACAAAGAUCAAAAGCUAUUCAUGCACAAGGUGAUUGUGCUGUAGCAAGUGAAGCUUCAACUAUUAGCACCCCAGUAUUGGAAGCAAAGAGUGGUCAUAAUGACAACCAUCACAGCCCAGAUACUACUAUCACUAAGGAACUACCUACUGAAGACACAAAGAAAUCUAAGAAAAAACGAAAAAACAAGAAAAAGAAAUCUAAAGCCAAUAAAUCAUCAAAACAGAUAGAUUCAAAUACAGAAGCAAGUGAUCAUGAUGAAAUAUCAUUCCAACUUUCUGACAGUGAAAAGAGAGAUCUUUUAGACGAGUUUGAGAGAAAAAGCAGUGAGUCAACUGAGAGUUCUAGUUCAGACAGUGGAGAAUCGGGAAGCAAUGCAGAGAAUAACAAAGAAGAUUCACUGGAUGAGGUACCAGAUAAAACAGAAAAUACCACCCACUCAACAGAUUUAAUGGUAGGCAUAGGCAGCAAUGAAGCUGUGGCUACUGAAGAUAACUCCAGUGCUGACUCUACAGACCCAACCAAAAAUCAUAGUUCCGAUACUGUAUGUGAUACAACAGUAGUAAAAGAUAAGGAAAACUCAGAAAUUGAACAAGUACAUGAUAGUCAUGAAAAAGAAGAUUAUGUUACCUUAAAUGAUGAGAAAAUUACUAAAGAAACUGAUGAUACUGAAAAUUCUGAAGAACCACAGGUUUCAACAAGUGUUAAUGAUAAAAGUGAUGGUGAUAUAUAAUUUACCAAGACUACAAAAGGUAUUUUAAGAGAUACUAUAUGUGAUCAUGUCCUAUCAUAAAAUUAUACUGAUUGAUUCAUCUUUGAUAAACAAUGAACAAAUAAGAUGGAGUGUCGAUGGAAAAAUAUAUAUUAUCUCGACAUAUAACACCCACCUUUCCUAGUCAACCCGUCUAAG